CUAAAGUAUGAAGUACCUAGGUACGUAUAGUACCUUCUACCUACGAGAACAUUAGGUGAUUAUCUAGGUACCUAUUAAAGUAAAGCUGAGGCCACCACAUACGUGGCCCUGCGGUUUAAACAUAAAUUUCCUGAUUUGUCCAAUUAGCCUUCCCAAAACCCUCUCUACGUUCAGGCCUAAACCUCCAUCAUUGCUCUAGUCAUGGAUUUCAUCAACAAGAUUACAGGCAGCAAAGACAACGAGGAGAAGAAACCAUCAGAAAACCAGCAGCAGGAAUCAAGCAGCGGUGGCAUCAUGGACAAAAUUAACUCCAUGGCAGGGGGAGGUAAAGAAAGCGAAAAGAAUGAGGAUGUUCUCGACAAAGGAGUUGAUUGGGUGCAAGAGCACAUACUGGGCCAGGGAGACCAAAGCAACGAGAGUGCUGUGGAGCAGGCCAAGGAUGAGCAGAUCUCGGACUAUAUUCGUGACCAGUACAAGAAGACAACUGGCUCAGACUUGCCAAUUAAGGACAAAGAUCGCUUUUGAAACUCAUACACAUUGGAUGGUAUGUAAUAUCGGAUAACUACGUAUACCACAAGAGUGGAAUACCUGGAUGCGGCCAUAUCAUGAGUUUAUCACACCUCUAGGUACCUAAGUUGGCCUUACUGAAUAUAUCAUAAAUAUUGGGCUCGUA